AUGGCACAUAGUACACGAUCUAGUAGCAAGUCUAAGGAUGAUGAAAAUAAUAAUGGAAGGCGCUCAUGCUCUUCUGCAUCGGAUGCAAAUGACCUCAAAAUAUCUGCUAGAAAGACAGCAUUAAGGGCGUCUUCAAUUCCUCCAGGAACUCGGAAGUCCAAGCGUUUACUAAAAAGGACAACACCAACUAACACAAAGAGAAGGAAACUUGAGAGGUUUGAGCAACCAAAGAUUCCAAGUCCCAUGAGGAGAUCCGAAAGAACUAAGAAGCACUGUCCUUUGUUGACAGAAGAUAAUGCACAUAAAUGCAAGACAGACUCCUUUUUUGUGGAGUAUUGGCUUCCUGUACAGAUAUCCCAAGUGCAGCUUGAACAAUAUUGUUCUACUUUAAUUUCAAAUGCUUCGGUUCUUCAGUCAUCAUCAAAAUAUGACUGUGUUGGAGCCCUUCGGGACCUUCUUAUAUCAACUCGGAAGUGUUGUAAUCACCCUUAUGUUGUUGAUCCAUCUUUACAAACUCUGCUUACCGAAGGUCUACCAGCAGUUGACUACCUGGACAUUGGAAUAAAAGCUAGUGGCAAGCUGCAAGCUCUCGAUUCAAUGCUUAUGGAGUUGAAAAAGAAGGGUCUGAGGGUGCUCAUUCUUUUUCAGUCUAUAGGUGGUUCUGGGAAGGAUUCCAUGGGAGACAUUUUGGAUGAUUUCUUGCAUCAGAGAUUUGGUUCAGAUGCUUAUGAGCGGGUUGACAAAGGUGUCUUGCAUUCUAAGAAGCUAGCUGCCCUGAAUCUGUUCAACAAUAUCGACAGUGGAAGAUUCAUUUUUUUAUUGGAAGCAUAUGCUUGCGUUCCUAGCAUUAAAUUGUCAUCAGUUGAUAUCAUUAUUAUAUUUAAUAGUGAUUGGAAUCCAAUGAAUGAUAUAAAAUCGCUUCAGAGGAUAACACUUGAUUCACAGUCUGAACAAAUAAAAAUAUUUCGUUUGUAUGCAUGUUUCACUGUUGAAGAAAAAGCCCUAGUUCUUGCUAAGCAAGGUAAGACACUUGAUAGCAAUUUGCAGAACAUAAGCUGGAGUAUCAGUCAUACGCUGUUGAUGUGGGGUUCAUCUUGUCUAUUUGAUAAAUUGAGACUUAUUCAUUAUCGCAAAAGUUCUAGUUCAUGUGCCAAUUAUUCAUUUGAAGACUCCGGACAACUUUCCAAAGAAGCAUUCCGUGAGUUCUCAUCCAUACUUUUGGAAGACAGUGGACAUAAUGAUCCAGGCAACAGUUCAAUUAUAUUGAAAGUCCAGCUAAAUGAAGGAACAUACUGUACUAAUUUUGCUCUGCUUGGUGAGAAAAAACUUGGAUCUCCGGAUGAGGGAUUACCCCAUGUGUUUUGGACUGAACUUUUAAAGGGAAAAGUUCCUCAAUGGAAACACUCAUGUGGUUCAUCUCAACGGAGUCGUCAAAGGGCUCAUCAUGUUGGUGGUUCAGUAAAUACUCCCAACUUUGAGAGUGAAGAAAUAAUAAGGAAGCGCAGGAAAGUGAUAGAUGGUGUUGUUUAUGAGCCCCCUUCAAAUUUUCAAGGUGAGAAGUCAUCCAAUGGAAACGAGGAAGGUGAUAAAGCUACAUAUCAGAAAAGAAGGAAAUUGUGUGAUGAGCAGAAGAGCUUACAUAUCUUACUGGUGCCAGAGAUAGCAAAGCUUUGCGAAAUUCUUCUUCUUCCUGAUAAUGUCAAGACUGUGGUGCAUAAUUUUCUUGAAUAUAUUAUGAACAAUCACCACAUUAGCAGGGAAUCCGAGUCAAUCUUGCAGGCUUUUCAAAUAUCUCUGUGUUGGACUGCAGCUUCUUUGCUAAAGCACAAGAUUAACCACAGAGAUUCCCUAAUUCUUGCGAGAGAGCAUUUAAAAUUUGACUGUAGAAAGCAAGAGGCUGAUUAUAUGUAUUCGAUGUUGCGAUGUCUAAAGAAAAUAUUUUUAUAUCGCGCUGGAAAUUCCAAUGGGGUUGGCUUUUCUAGACCUUGUGAAUCACCAAGCAAGGUUUAUUCCUGUACAGGAGUGGCACCAGGGGUUGAAUUGGCUAUGAAAGAUGUUACCAAAAGCAUUGAAGAAAUUCAGAAGAAGUUCCAAAAGAAGCUGAGGAAGCUCCUUCUUAAGCAAGAUGAAGAAAAGAAUAAGCUGAAUCAAGUCAAUGAGGAGAAAAAGGCUGUUUUUAGGGAAAAAUACAAAAUAGAAUUGGCUGUUAUUCGUUGUUGUUUUUCUAAUGAUGCAAUGAGGUCAGAAAAAAUUAAGAUUUUGGAUAAAGAAUUUGCUAAAAGAAUUGAAGAUUUGGCAUGCCAGCAUGGAAUACUUCUCAAGGAUCUUGAAGCUGUACAACUGGAAGCAAGGCAGAAAUUCCAACGUUGGGAGGCCACUUGGAUAGAAGAAGUGAAGUAUUGGGCCCAAGAUGAACUGAAAAUAUGUCUUUCAAAGGAAUUUGGGUCUGGGUUGAAUCACUCCAAGACCAUUGACCAAGCUCAGCCUCAUGAUGGUUCAAAGAAUGUUGGCACUGCGCCUGAUUAUGUUGAUGAAGGUUCCAUUGCAGCUUCAUAUGGAGGAUCAAUAUCUAAGAAAUGA